UUUUGCUUGAUUAGAUGAGGGCUGGUGGUGCUGUUGAUCGCAGUUUGUUCACUGAUGCCUAUUGUAAAGUCUGCAGCGCUCAACUGAUCUCUCAGUCUCAAAGAGUGGCGCAUUACGAGAGCCGGAAACAUGCCAGUAAGGUACGACUUUACUACAUGCUCCAUCCGGUGGAUGGCAGUUGUCCUGCCAAGAAACUCAGAUCAGAAAAUGGCAGUGAAGAUGGAGAUGUGGACAAGAACAAAUGCUGCACUCUCUGUAACAUGUCAUUCACAUCUCCGGUGGUAGCACAGUCACAUUACCAAGGGAAGAUCCAUGCCAAGAGGCUGAAACUAUUACUGGGAGAGCAGCCUCCUUUGGGAACAGGUGGGUCCCUGGUCAACCCCAUUCCCCCCUCUCUCUCCACAGCUCUGAUCAACCCCAGUCCCCCACAAAGGAGGGAUUCGGACCGGUAUUGCCAGUUGUGUAACGCCUGGUUUAAUAACCCCAUGAUGGCUCAGCAACACUACGAUGGAAAGAAACACAAGAAGAACGCAGCCAGAGCAGAUCUGUUGGAGCAACUGGGCCAGACGCUAGACCCUGAGGCACUUCGAGCACUGAAACGCAGCUACACCUGCAGCGUGUGCAAUGUGAUCCUGAAUUCCAUAGAACAGUUUCAUGCCCAUCUACAGGGAUCCAAACAUCAAACCAACCUGAAAAACCAACUGUGAGAAUCUUCUCUCAAAAAUAGAGAACUGUUUCCA